AUGGAAGUGCCUAAGGAUUAUUUGGACAAAAUUGUUGGUGCAAAUUUGUUUGGAACAAUCAACGCAAUACAAAUUAUCGGAAGCAAAAUGAUAGCCGCUAAGAGACCGGGAUCCAUUGUGAAUGUCUCAAGUCUGGUAUCGCUUCAAGCAAUUCCGGAAUAUUUACCAUAUACGGUCACUAAGUGUGGUGUUGACAUGGUUACGAAACAGUUCGCGCUGGAAUUAGGGUCCCGCAAUAUCAGAGUAAACAGUAUCAACCCAACACUUGUCCUAACGGAAAACAUAAAAAACUUCCUAGCUAGCGGAGAUACUAGAGACAAGACCUUUAUAGAAAGAACGCCGCUACAGAGGGCAGCGGAAGUGAGGGAAAUUGUCAAUCCUAUUUUGUAUCUGCUAAGUGAUUACUCUUCAAUGGUAUCCGGGACUACAAACGUCAUUGAUGGCGGUUUGAUGUCGUCAAUUUGGUUAAAAUGGUGA